ACGGUGUUUGGGCCAGUUUUGGGCUUUGCCUAGGCCCAAUAAGCAUGCCCUAAUGGUUUUAGGGUUCUCAUUGAUGAACGCUAGCCACCAACACUCGCGCAGCUCAUCGAACUUCUUCAACCCGUCUCCGUCGACGUUCCUCCGCCACGCCCACCACUCGCCGGCCACCUCUCCCACCGACGACCUGAACCGCGGUGGUCCACGACUCCAACAACCUGAACCACAACGUGUGCGUGAACAGGAAGAAGGUUGUUUGAGACCUCCUUUGAUCACCGUUCACCGUCGCCCACCACCCUUUGGUCACGUUUCUGGCCGGUGACCUGAAUCGUGGUGGUCUAGCGCUCCAGCGAGCAACUCCGACGAGCAACUCCGGCGACUUACACCUGAAAGGACAAUGUCUAGUAAUCUUCAAAUUCAAAGUCAAACAUCCUCAAACUCUUUAAAGAGGACAGAUAUAGGAUGGAAACAUUGUCAUCCUACCAAAGACAAUGAUACAAAUGAAAUUAUGUGCAAUUAUUGUAAAAAAAUCAUGAAAGGAGGAAUUACAAGAGCAAAGCAACAUCUAAUGGGAAAGAAGGGAAAUGUUGCACCUUGUCAAAGUGUUCCAGAAGAGGUUAAAGAUGAGUUGUGGGCACUUGAGAAAAAUAAGAAGAUGAAAGAAAGUGAGUCAUGUCAAAGAAUAAUGGAAGAUGUGACUUUUGGUAGUGAAGAUUAUGCAUUGGAAGGAGAUUUAAGAGAGUUAGAAGUUGAGACACAUGGGAUCAAUGAAAGGAAGAAGGUUGCUACCAAAAAAGGGCCUAUUGACCUUUUUUGUAAACGUCCGAAAACAGCAAUUGCAAAAAACAAGGAGAAAUUGAAGCAAAUAAAUAUAAGGGACAGUUGUGACAAAGAAGCUACAGCAAGGGUCCACCAAUAUAUAGCCCGGUUUUGGUAUCAAGCUGGACUAUCUUUUAAUAUGAUCAAAUUGGAGAGCUUUCAUGACAUGGUUGCAGCUAUUGGGUCUUUUGGACCACAUUUGCGACCUCCAUCUUAUCAUGAUAUAAGAGUUCCACUUCUCCAAAAAGAGAUGGAGCAUACUGAAAAAUUGAUGAAGAGUCAAAAGGAACAUUGGGCUAGUUUUGGAUGUUCCAUCAUGUCAGAUGCUUGGACGGACAAGAAGCAAAGAUGCAUUAUUAAUUUUUUGGUGAACUCUUCUGUAGGGACAAUGUUCAUUAAAUCUGUUGAUGGGUCUAAUUUUGUGAAGACCGGAGAAAAGUUAUUUGAAUUACUAGACUCUAUUGUAGAGGAUAUUGGGGAGGAAAAAGUUGUCCAAGUUAUCACGGACAAUGGGAGUAAUUAUGUUCUUGCUGGCAAGAUGUUGGAAGCAAAAAGGAAGAAAAUUUUUUGGACCCCAUGUGCAGCCCAUUGCAUAGAUUUAAUGUUGGAGGAUAUUGGGAAGCUUCCAAAUAUCAAGAAAACAAUUCAACGGGCAAUUUCUCUUGUUGGCUUCAUUUAUAGCCAUUCAAGCACCCUAAGUUUGUUAAGGUUUUAUACAAACAAAAGGGAGCUAGUGAGACAUGCGGUGACUCGAUUUGCAACAUCUUUUCUUUCUUUGGAAAGGAUCCACCAAGAAAAAUCAAAUUUAAGAAAGAUGUUUGUUUCGGAUGAGUGGAAUUCAAACAAAUUAUCAAAGGAAGCAAAAGGAAGAGAAGCAUGUAAAACUGUUUUGAUGCCUUCUUUUUGGAGGAAUGUAGUGUACAUACUUAAAGUCAUGGCACCUCUUGUAAAAGUACUUAGACUUGUUGAUGGGGAGAAAAAACCAGCUAUGGGAUAUAUAUAUGAAGCUAUGGAUAAGGCAAAGGAGGCUAUUAUGAAGUCUUUCAAUAACAAUGAGACUAAAUAUAAAGCCGUGUUUGAAAUUGUUGAUAGAAGAUGCGAUGUUCAGCUUCAUCGCCCAUUACAUGCUGCUGGCCAUUUUUUGAAUCCAGAGAUGUAUUAUGACAACCCUCAAAUGGAAUUUGAUAGUGAGAUUAUAAGAGGGUUCUAUACAAGCAUGAAUAAGUUGGUAGGAGAUUUGCAAGUGGAGCAAAAAAUCAUGAUGGAGCUACACACUUAUAAAGUUGCAGGAGAAUUGUUUGGGACUGAACUUGCUAUAGCAAUGAGGAAAAAGGUUUCACCGGCUCAAUGGUGGAGACUUUAUGGUUCAUCAACCCCCAAUUUACAACAACUAGCCAUAAAGAUAUUGAGCUUGACUUGUAGUUCAUCCGGUUGUGAACGUAACUGGAGCGUCUUUGAGCAAAUUCAUACUAAGAGAAGAAAUAGGCUUGAUCAUAAAAAAUUACAUGACUUGGUCUAUGUUAAGUAUAAUCAAGCACUCAUGCGAAGAUACAACCUUAAGGAUGAAGUUGAUCCCAUUAGCCUUAAUGAUAUUGAUGAAUGUAAUGAAUGGCUGGUUGGAGAGAUGGAUGGGGAUGAUGAUGAUGAAGUUGAAGCUCUAGAUGAGAGGGUUUUUGGUGGAAAUGAUCCACUUACUUGGAAUCAAGUUUAUGAUGUUUCAGGGGUUGGAGAGCCUCUAAUGUAUACUAGGCGUAACAAAAGGAAGCAACCUCCAAGUGGGGAAGGAGCAUCGUCUAAAAAAGGCAAAGGAGUGUCUUCUUCAACUAGGAAAGGAAAAGGAAAAGUUGUUGAAGUUGUUGAAGAAGAUUCAGAAGAAAUUAGUGAGGAGUUAGAGGAAGAAUUGCCAAAUAUUAACUUUGACAAAUCAGAAGAUGAAGAAGUUGAAGGCUAUGCCCCUUUGGCAUUCAAUGAAGAGAAUGAUUACAUUGAGGAAGAGGAGGAGGAUGAUUAGAUUAGCAAAAUGCUUCCUGUACUCUUGUUUUUCUAUGUUUUUUGUUGUGUUUUAAUCAAUUAUGUUAUGAGAAAAUGAAUUAUGGUAUUGUUGUUAUGAUAUUUAAGUAUUUAAGUUGAUAUUAUGUUGGUUUUAAUU